AUGUACCAGCCCGACGUCACGUACAAUACAACAUAUUCCGCCCACUAUCCUAACCAAUAUCCGGUUACCACCACUGCGAUACCAGCCGCGCUACCUUAUUACCCUCCUUUCGCACAGCAGCAACCUGUCAAGGCACCAGAACACGCGCCGCCUGACCCACCUGAACCUGCUGUUACACCCGAAGUAGCCUCAAGAGCAAUCCAGAGACUCGUAUCUUUCGAGCUUCAGAAUGCAGGGUUUCAUCGAGCAGAGCUGCCAGCCGUGCAGCGCCUAGAACUCGAAGUUUCGACGUUCAUACAACAACUAUUUCAACGCACCCACGAAUUUGCGAAUCUGGCCAACCGAGCAAGUGCCAUCGCAUCGGAUCUCUUACUAGCAUGCGAGGACUUUGACAUGCCUCCGAAAGAACUUUACCAGGUCAAGAAGGCAACUUCAAGGAAAAGAAAAGGCGGUGACAACGAAGCCAGAACACGUCCCCCAGCCCUCAUCGCCCCACCUUCCAGGUCUCCUUCGCCAGAACUCCUCUCCUCGGACGAUGAGGAAACUACACCGUCUAUCCCGACGACACUGAGGAACCUACCGUCCUAUUUCCCAGAACUGCCGCCCAGGCAUACCUAUCUACAAACACCCGCCUCUCCUCCCAAGAAGGCUGCAUUGCCUUCGCUGGAGAAGAAACUCAAGACUGCAGCGCUUGUCCAGGAUUCGUUGCAAAAUCUAUUGACCGCAACGGAGGAUAGCAUGAACCAAGAAGACGGGGAGCUUCUUGGCCAUAUUGUUAAUUGGGAACUGAAUGUGCAGCCGCGGAAAAGGUGGAGGGUUCAGCCAUUGGCAAAGUAA